AUGACGCUUACUCUGACGUCGGAGAUAUAUGCCUCGGCCAUAGGGGGCGAGCAGGAAGUAGAGGCUGCACAGGGCAGCUCGACUGCCUUCAACUGUACUGUAAAGCAGAUCCUCGUCGGUCAGUCGGACGAGGGGACAAGGUACUAUUUCGAACCUUUACCAAAGGGUAGCAUCGAUCAAGCAACGGAGAGGAGACGUCAAACGGUCGAUGGUAUUGAGUGCAGCUACUCGCAGAUCCAUCGCACACCAAGUAAGGAAGUGAAGAUAGCGAGCAUGUGGGUAUAUACUGUUGACGACAAGAGAGGUUCAGAACAUUAUUGGGCACCGGUGGAAAAAAAUCCCGGAGUGUGCUUUGGAACUUUCAAGCCGAUUACCAGUCACAAAUUCACACCGGAGCCCGACUCCAGCUCUCUGCGACAAGACGACCCCGAAGUCAUAACUGCAAAUCGUCUUUGUACUGAGGAUAAGUUGCUGGUGAGUGAGAGUCAGCAAGAUCCGACGCCGAACGGUAUGUACUAUGGUUUCGUCAAAGACGGUAUGGCCGUGACGAUGACGUUCGAUGGAGAUUCACGGCUUAAACAUAUCGCAGUCGACAGAAGCUACGACACCCUCCUCUACACCAUGCUUGGGACCGCUAUUCGUGGUUCCUUCACCAAAAAAGGAGGUUACGAGCCGUGCGUGGUCAUCCUGGAGCCCGUCGAUCAGAGCAAAUUUGAUGGCACCAGACUGAGCUUGCCAGAAGCUCGCUUGCCCACUGUCGAAGGUCAACCCUUCAGCAGCAGUGAACUCCCGAAACUUCUAGGCUUGGAAAAGACCAGCAGAUUCGGCAUUCUGAAAUCUAGUUUCAGGAAGAGUUUUAGAAGGCUCAAAACGAUGUUCCGUUCAAGUCCUACGGCAAAGUCCGACUAG